AUGCACGCUGUUGAGAUCCUCAGCUUUCCAUAUGCAUUGAGCGGAGAGAUGUCAGGCCUUGUGAAGAAGUUUCACAAAUUCAAGAACAGAGAUCUGGAAACAAUCAGGAAGUAUCAGAUUGGUUACCCCAUGUUUACUGUUUCCAUCUGGCUUUAUUUACUCCAUUACUGCAAGAAGCAACUGUGCGGACUCCUGUACUUUAUUGAUUCUACUGAAGAAAUGUAUAGGACCCCUUCUGUAUUUCUAUCUUCCCUCUUCUCUUCUUCAGGCUAUGUCCACAUCCAGAUGCGCCUUGUCGAAGGAGGAGACCUGGCUGUGAAAACCUCCUUCAGCCUUCCUCUGAGGGAGUGGCUCCGACUCGACCUCUCUUUCGACAGAGGGCAGAUAGAGAUAUCCAGUGCUGAAAAGAAUCGGAAUAGUCGCCGGCAUCAAACAUUUAUUUUUAGGAAAGAUUUCUUUUACGACGACACUUCGGGAUAUUUCAUUCUUGGAGGCAGUAGCUAUGCAUCAGGCAUCGAAGGAUAUUUUGGCCCGGCGAAAUACUAUCGGCUAAAUAAUCUAGGGUCAAGAAAGAUCUCUAAUCUUUUCAACCACAAUGAAAUUAUGGAAAGAAUUGAACAGUACUACAAAACAUGUGCAGAUAUCCAAAGCAUAGCAUCUGAGUAUGGAUUCAGACUUAGACAAGAAGAGGGAAAGUGCCUUCCUAACAAUUAUUAUUUGGAAAUAGACAACAAAUAUGGAGGAAACUUCAAGUGCAAAGACUCCUUCUGGAAGAAAGAGCUGAGGGAUAAAUACCAAGAGCUGUUUGGAGAGCUUCAAGAUGCUAGCUUACAUUUGUCGGAGCGACUUAAUUGUACUUUAUGUUUUGCAUUCAUAGUUUCUGAAAACCAGAGGGAUGCAAUAUUAGAAAUCGGACACAGGAUAUUUGAGAAGGCUGCUCAAAAUCUAUCUAGGGCUGAUGGCUUACAUUAUAUCAACUCCUCUGUCAUGUCGCUGAUGGAUUCCAGUUGCCUGGAUUAUCACAGGACUUCCUAUGUCCUUUCUGUUAUCUUUGAAAUUGGACUGGGUUUGCAAUGUCGAGCCCAACCCAGAUCAGGGGGGCUGCUGUACAGUCUGAUUGCUGCACAAGGAGGCGAUAGGCUGGCUUUGAUCAGCCUUGGAUAUAAGCACUAUCAAGGCAUUAACGGUUAUCCACGCGAUCUGGAACUGUCAUACGCUUACUAUAGUGACGUUGCUGCGAAGACACCUCGUGAUCAUCAGCAUUUAGAAGGAGACCAAGCCUUUGUAGAAGUAAUAAGGCUUGAGGAUGACAACUUGCUGAAAGCACAGACCAAAGAGAACGGAGACCUUUUUAUGUGGCUGAAAUAUGAAGCGACAAGAGGAAACGCUGCUGCCCAGCAACGGCUGGGGCAGAUGCUGUUUUGGGGCCAGCAAGGAGUAGAAAAAAAUCCCGAAGCUGCUGUUGAGUGGUAUGCAAAAGGUGCCUUGGAAACCGAAGACCCCGUAUCGCUCUAUGAUUUUUCCAUCGUGCUGUUCAAGGGUCAAGGAGUGCAAAAAAACCGAAGGCUUGCUGUACAUCUGAUGAGAAAAGCUGCUUCAAAGGGUCUACCUCAGGCAAUGAAUGGCCUGGGCUGGUAUUAUCAUAACUUUAGGAGAGACUAUGUGAAAGCUACCAAAUAUUGGUUAAAAGCUGAAGCCAUGGGCAGUCCUGAUGCCUCCUACAAUCUUGGAGUCCUCUAUUUAGACGGGAUUCAUCCAGAAACGACUGGUAGAAAUCAUACUGCUGCUGCUGAUUAUUUCCUUAAAGCUGCAGAAGGUGGCCACAUGGAAGGAACGCUGCGAUGCUCUCUGUAUUAUAUGACAGGAAAUUUACUGGCCUUUCCCAGGGACCCUGAAAAGGCAGUAAUCUGGGCAAAAUAUGUGGCAGAAAAGAAUGGCUAUUUGGGCCAUGUCAUCCGAAAAGCCCUCAACGCUUAUCUGGAUUUGUCAUGGCAACGGCCUUUGCUAAAUUACAUUCUGUCGGCAGAGACUGGGAUCGAAGUGGCGCAGACAAACUUGGCACAUCUCUGCGAAGAGAGGCCAGAUGUGGCAAAAAGAUACUUGGCAACGGACUGCGUUUGGAGAUAUUAUAAUUUUUCAGUUUCACAGAACAACGCUCCUUCGUUUGCUUAUUUAAAAGUAGGAGAUUUCUACUACUACGGAUAUCAGAAGCAAUCCAAGGACUUGGAUAUAUCAGCACAAAUGUAUGCCCAAGCAGCACUGGACGGAGAUGCACAGGGGUUCUUUAACUUGGCCCUUCUUCUGGAAGAAGGUUAUUCCAUCCCUGAUCAUAUUUUAGAUCGUUUAGAUAUUGAAAGGACCACUGAUUCCAGUAAUAUAUCUAUUCUUCAAAAUCUUUAUGAAAGGUGCUGGAAUCAUAGCAACCAAGAAUCAAUUAGCCCGUGCAUGUUAGCUUCCUUUUAUCUUCACCUGAGAGUUUUUUGGAGGAAUGUUUUGCCGUCUGUCCUGAUUUACUUCCUGGGCUCCUUGAUCAUCUCUACAUUGGUGAUUGCACUUGUCAUGCGGCGUUCUUCAGCUCUGCCAGCUAGCUAA